AUGAAGCAUUUAGUGCACUCCUUUUGCAGUGAGGGCAAGGGGGUCUGUGGAGCAGAGAGGACCCAAGCCUCUGGAGAGUGUGGAAGCCUGGGGGUUCAGUUGGCACCCUUCCCCCUGAACACAACAGCCUGGCCAGCCUCUGACCAGCUCAUCAGCAUGCCACGUAGCCAGCAACACCUCCUAAACCUUGGGGACCUCAGGGUGCCUGUCUCCGUGCUGUGCUGGCUGUUUCUUCCCUUAAGCCUGCUGGCUGCAGCCACACUGACUCUGAGCCUCCUGCUGCUGGCAACCAUCCUGAAGAGCCAGAAGCUGUGGCAAGAGCUCCACUACCUACUGCUGGCUAACAUCCUGCUUUCAGAUCUGGCCUACCUUGUGUUCUACAUGCUUAUCUCAUCCAGCAACCUGGGUGGCCGGACUCUGUGCCACAUCACCUGUGGUGUUCUCACAGAUGUUGUCUUUGCUACCUACACCAGCACCAUCCUGUCUUUCAUGGCCACCAUGCUGCACACCUACCUGGCAGUUGCUUAUCCUUUGUGCUACUUCUCCUUCAUGUCCUGUGAGGCUGUCAAGAAAGUGGUGGCCCUCAUCUGGCUGCUGGCCUAAUUCUUCCCUACAUGUCUCAUUUGGCUUAGCAAGCAGCAAGAUGCCAGUUUAGAGAAACAAGGGGCCUUAUGCAUCCUGCAGCUGACCCUGUGCAAUGAGCCAGGCUGUGGCCCCCUGGUCAAUAUUACCCACACCUACAUUUUAUGCAUUCACUUUCUAUGCACAGGUCUCAUUACCUACUGCUUCUGGAGUAUCUAUGCAGAGACCAGGACUUCAGGCAUCUGGGUCCAGGGCUAUUCCUGGGCCAUGGGCACCCUGCUCAUCCAUACAGUGCUACUCAUACUGUACGUUAGCCCUGUUAUGGUGUUUUGCCUGGAUAUCAUGCUAACCAAGUACAACCACAUUGAUGCCAAAACUCAUGUGUGGCUCAUGGCAGCCAACAGCAAGGUGCUUAUGACUCCUCGUACCAUGCUCCCAUACCUGUAUACACUCUACUACUGGUAGCUGUUGGGGAUGGUCGGGGGCCACUUUUUCUCCUCCAGGAGGCACAGUGACAUCUUCACCAUUUUUAAGAGCUACAAAUUUCACAGGAUUAGUGCACCCACACCUGUGAGCUCUAAGGGGUUCAGACCGCCGCGCAGGCGUGCAGUCGCGGACCAGGAGAGACCAUUGGGCGUCUGUACAUCCUGGCAGCCCUGGCAGCAAGGCCUGAAGGAUGUAAAACCACAGCGCUGCGGGGAGACAGACAAACAGAGACAGAGACCGGGAGAAAUACUAACAAAGCGAGACCGAGCGGGGCCCAGGCGGUGGCGGCACAGAGGCUGCAGUUCUCCGGGAGCAUCCCCCACCCAGGUCCAGAGCCCUUCAUCUCGCCCACUGCUUCGCUGGGGGCGCCUGCCUCUCUGGCGAGCUGGCUCCCGGCCCGGCUCCGCCCCCGCCCCAGUGCUCUCCGGCAGCUUAACCCUCGCCUGCCCGCCUCCUGCCGCAGCCGCCCAGCCCCUCCAGCCGCUGCGGGCGGGCUCUGGCCCUCCUCCUCCCCCACUUGGCUGGGACGCGCGGCGCCGGGAGCUGACCGUGGUGCUGAGCUCCGUGCGCGGCUCGGGAGCGGCUCCCGGCCCUGCCAAGGACGCUUACUGCGACACUCCCGGCCGGCCACCAGCGGUAAGUCGCCAAGGGCCCUCCGAUGUAGACUUGGAGGAAAGAUUUGGGGGGAAUUUUUGUGCGUUAUUUCGCGCAGUGGAUGGGCUGAGUGGAGGAACCAGGGUCUGCACCCUCUCAACCCUGCGUGUCCUGCGUGGCUGA